AUGGCGAAUGGUACGAUGAGAACGGUCCCCUUUAUUCGUAAUUCCUUAUUUUGGUUCGUACUGCUAGCACUUUACCAGAAUUAUGUUUGCGAUAAAGUGCCUCGAAAAUACCUGCAAACCGACUUAUCAGCGUUGGGAAGCAGUUUUUCAGUACCUAUUUCAGUUCCAGCUCCGAGCAAAGGAAAUGACACGACGCUCGAAACAGACAUGGGAGCAGCGGCAUUAAACCGAUCGGUUGUGCCGUUGGAUGAGAGCAAGAAAAGCUUUUCUAAGCUAAAACUUUACCAGGAGCAAUUGAAUGGCAAAAAAGCUCCAUCAUUGAAUAUACACGAAGAAACUACUCAUUUGCUAGGAUUCAAUGGUACCGGCCAGCGAAAAGAAUACGCAAUCGAUGGAGACAGUGUUAAUAAAACUGUUCUUAGUAGUUCGACAAAGUUGUUGGGAGUGGCUGGACUUAAUACGUCGCUAUUGCAAGAAUCUCCCGGAAGUGACCCAAUCAGUGAUGCAAUCAACAUUGAUACGAUCGAACGCACUGAGGCUGAAUUGAACAGUACACUACAGGAGCAUAACAUAACCAAAACGUUUGAGGAUAAUCAUCUGUACUACAAGAGCACUUGGUCGACCGAAAAAGUCAUGAGUGACGACUUUUGGAAAAAAAUAACUACCAACUUAACCGUUAAUAUUCUGCUUUCCAAUUCUCAUCGCCGGGCGACAACUAUGUUUUUGUCGUUCGAUUUCCCAUUCUAUGGUUUCCCCAUUCGAAAUAUAACAAUUGCGAGCGGAGGGUUCUUAUACACGGGAGACUACGUGCAUUCGUGGUUGGCAUCAACACAGUAUAUAGCUCCAUUAAUGGCAAACUUUGAUACAGCAUUGUCCAACAGCUCACUUGUAAAAUAUCGUGAUGAUGGUGAAACCUUCAUCGUAGUUUGGGAAAACGUUAUACUUCAGGAUCGUCCAAACAAUGGCACUUUUACCUUCAGUGUAACGUUGAACAAAUCCGGUGAUAUUGUGUUCGCUUACAAGAAAAUUCCAAUCAGUAUCCAGCAGAUAUUUGAAAACCCGCUUACGAAAAACCAUCCAGUAAAGAUAGGGCUUUCUGACGCGUACAUAAUUGACAAAACAAUAAUGCGUACAAAACAGAAAACCAUCUACGAAUAUCAUCGAGUGAAUUUUGGACAAGCUGAAGUACAAAACGACACCAUUAUUACGUUAUCAGCACUACCUACAUGUUUUACCUUUAAAGAUUGUGAAUCUUGCAUUGCUCACGAGGGAGCCGAUUUUGAGUGCUUAUGGUGUUCGACGAUUAACCGAUGCUCCACUGGUACGGAUCGGAAGAGACAAGACUGGUUACAUAAAGGAUGUGAAUCAACCAUGAUCUCCGAAGCUUUAUACUGUCCGGCAAUUGGUCAAAAGGGUAAUAACUAUGGCGAAUCCGUGGAAGCUACAACCAAGACUGCUCCUAACAGGUACAAUAGCACCAACAACAUUCGCGAUAAUCAACAGUCCGACCAAAAUCGGAAACUCGACCAAAGCGGUACUUCUAGUGGUGUAAUGCUAAAUGGAACCGAUACUUAUAGAGGUUCCAAAAAGGACGAUUUUGUCAACAAAGCGCAUAUAUACCAUACAUCGGACAUGCACAGUGAGUCCAGUAAUAAGUUGCUAGCUUCAAUGCUGGUUAUCUUUGGGAUCUUGUUAAUAUCCGGCUGUUGGGUACUAUAUGCAUACCGAAACCCCCAUACAAAAAGUGGCCAACUGUUAAUAAGGAUUAUAAAAUCGAAAAAGUAUCGUCCUAAUAAAUGGUUAUGGCGACGUGGCGAGGCACGGUAUACUGCAGCUUCCAUCCACAUGUGA